CUCAUUUGACUUGUGAGCACAGUGUGGAAAUGAUUCGGCUACUCAAGACGCUUCUUUAUGGCCUGCUCCUCAUCUCCCCUGCUGAUGUGCUGGCCCGGCUUAAUGCCAGAAAGUCGGCGAACGAGGCGAGUCUCUAUAGCGAUACAGACAAUGUGAUUAUGCUGGACAUCGAAUCGCUCAGGCCGGCUCUCAACUUGAAGAACAGCAAGCUGGUCCAGUUCCUCAACAGCUUCUGCGGUGACUGUCAUCGCUUCGCACCGGUCUUCAAGACCCUUUCCCGCGACCUCUACAAGUGGCGAAGAAUUCUCCGGAUCUAUGCCGUAGAUUGUGCCCAGGAGAGAAAUGCUCAACUCUGCAGGGAAUUCAAUAUCCGCCAGACGCCGUCAUUGCGAUUCUUUGGUCCCGACAUGAGGAAGAACGAUGAUGUUCUAGGAGCGGUAAUACCAGGCCAAGAUCCCAAGUUCAUUAGCUCCACACUGGCCGAAUUGGUAUCCCAAAAUGAGUAUGGACCCGGCCAGCCAAACUUUCGUCCCCUAAAAGCAAAGGACAAUGAAAUUUUCCAAGAUGAAGAUGGGGAAAAUCCGAUACAAUUUCUGGCUCUUGUCCUCCAGCCAGAAAAUUCAAAGAUCGGCAGGGACACGCUGCUAGAACUGCUGCCAUUCAAAGUGCUAUCGGUGAGGAUAAUCGAAAAUUCCCAGAUAUUUCAGGAAUUUGGACUGAUUCCCGACGACCAAAAACUGGCUAUAGUGGAUAGAAAUGGAACCGCCCAGUAUCUUACACCAUUGUCGGACUCCAGUGAAGCGUAUGCCAGCACUAUUGGAGACUUCCUUAGGAACCUCAAUAUUCAGCCAGAUCCACCACUACCCAUCGCUGCAGCCCCCAACUUUACUGAGUUCCUGGAUCACCAAAAUCAAGCGAUCCUAACUAAAGUCCUUACACCACCACUGCAGGUCUAUCGUGCCGACUUGGAGCAGGCAAUCGAUAAACUGCUGCACAUUGAGCUUCGUAAAUGGGUCCUUUUGGAGGGUAAUAGUCUGAAUGCUCUUAAAAAUAUUAUAAAGAUUUUCAGAUACCUGAAUCCAUUGAACAAGGACGGAAAGUUAUUGCUGACGGAUCUGGACAACUCGUUGAGCUCGCAGCAGAGUAUAAAGGGAGCCGACUUCGGCGAUCUGGUUGAUUCGCUAGAGAAGGGUCGAAGGGUCUUCAAGGCAAGGCGAUACGUUGGCUGCAUUGGAUCACGUCCGCUACUGCGAAGCUUCACCUGCUCCAUGUGGACACUGUUUCACCAUUUGACCGUGGAGGCAGCUAAGCCACCAAAUUACUUUGAGGAGGGCUCAAUACUGAAAACCUUUCAUGGAUUCGCCAAGUACUUCUUCGGCUGCACGGAUUGCUCUGAGCACUUUCAGCAGAUGGCCAUUCGUCGUAACCUGACUUCGGUGAAAACCCAUGACGAGGAGAUCCUCUGGCUGUGGGCAGCCCACAACGAAGUCAAUGCACGCAUUGCUGGUGACUCCACGGAGGAUCCCAAGUUCCCGAAGAUUCAGUUCCCCAGCGCGGAGAAUUGCCCCACUUGCCGGUCAAAUGACUCGGAGUGGCGAACAGAUGAAGUUCUUAAGUAUCUGAAACAGCUCUACGAUAUUAAGAAUGUAAGCUUUUAUGGCCUUCCCACUCCACAGGGAUACGAUUAGAUAUUUACCUUAAAAUCUGUGACUAACCCCAACGCCUAUUGCAUUAACGAGUUUUGUACACCAAUUUAUU